CGAUAAAUGGAAGGUCUCUUAGCUUUUGUGGGCGACGGCUUCGCGCUAAUCGCAGCGGACGCAACAGCCCGAAGGUCCAUAUUAACCUACCAACAGGAACUAGACCGAUUUGUGCAGUUGACCACAACUAGCGGAGUCGUAGGCGCCGGAGACGAAGGAGACAGAGUUCAAUUCCUAGAAUACAUCGCUAAAAAUGUGCAAUUGUAUAAAAUGAGGAAUGGAUAUGAACUGUCGACACAUGCUGUGGCCAAUUAUACGCGCAGGAAUGUGGCUGACUUUCUAAGAAGUAGGACUCCUUAUCAGGUGAACAUGGUGAUUGCUGGUUGUGACAAGGACGUGGGACCUUCUGUGUACUUUUUGGAUUAUCUAGGCUGCCUGAACAAACAGGCGUUCGCAGUGCAAGGCUACGCCUCCGCCUUCCUCGGAGGUCUCCUGCAACAACACCACAAGCCAAACAUGUCCAGAGAGGACGCCAGAGUCCUACUGAUGCAGUGCCUGAAGGAACUCAAGACACGCUUCAUCAUCGCCCAGCCAUACUUCAUCUACAGAUUCAUUGAUGAGAAUGGAGUCGGAGAACCGCAACAUAUUCAAGUGGAGUGAUUUUUAAUAUAACCUUUUCUGAGAAUUAAAGCAGACUGAAACAGAUUUCAAACAUCUCGACAUUUUUGUCAAAAAGCGACAAAAGAGAUUUAAAGAGUGCUUUUUAUUUUGGAAGUUGUUUGAUAAAGAAGCCUGCUUUAGCCCAUUGAAAUGUGCAAGUGACUAUAUGUUAAUGUGUCCCAAUUUGACUGAAAAGUUGCUUGAAAUGUUUAAGCUCAAACCAAAUUAAUACCACCUUUAGAAGAUUGAACUGUAAAAAGACAAGUGCUGUAAAUGAGCAGAUGUUUUGGGUUUAAUUUGGUUUUCCUAAAUUUGGAGUUUCAAAAAUUGCUUUUAAUUUGAACCUUUGAAUGAGUAUAUUGAACUAAAUUUACUUUUUUGUCCUCG